UUUAUAGGCCGAGGCGCCUGCACUCGCGGAGUCCCCGCUGCUGCCCCACACUCGCCAUGCGUCCUGGGGCACUGUGGCCGCUGCUUUGGGGAACCCUGGUCUGGGCGGUGGGAUCCGUGGGCGCCGUGAUAGGCUCGGGGGAUUCUGCGCCCGGUGGCGUGUGCUGGCUCCAGCAGGGCCUGGAGGCCACCUGCAGCCUGCUGUUGAAGACGGAUGUCAGCCGGGAGGAGUGCUGCGCUUCAGGCAACAUCAACACAGCCUGGUCCAACUUCACCCACCCGGGCAAUAAAAUCAGCCUGCUGGGGUUCCUGGGCCUCGUCCAGUGCCUCCCAUGCAAAGAUUCCUGUGACGGAGUGGAGUGCGGCCCCGGCAAGGCGUGUCGCAUGCUGGGGGGCCGUCCACACUGCGAGUGCGCACCCGAUUGCGCGGGCCUUCUCGUGGGCUUCCAGGUCUGCGGCUCUGAUGGCGCCACCUACCGGGACGAGUGCGAGCUGCGCGCCGCACGCUGCCGCGGACACCCGGACCUGCGCGUCAUGUACCGUGGCCGCUGCCAAAAGUCCUGCGCUCAUGUAGUGUGCCCGAGCCCCCAAUCGUGCCUCGUGGAUCAGACCGGCAGCGCGCACUGCGUGGUGUGUCGCGCUGCGCCCUGCCCGGUGCCUUCCAACCCGGGCCAGGAGCUCUGUGGCAACAACAACGUUACCUACAUCUCCUCCUGUCACCUGCGCCAGGCCACCUGCUUCCUGGGCCGCUCCAUUGGAGUUCGCCACCCAGGUGUCUGCACAGGUGCCCCCAAAGUACCACCAGAGGAGGAAGAGAACUUCGUGUGAGCUGCAGCCGCCGGGCCCGGUAUUUGAGCCCGUCCCAAUUCUAUUUAUUGUCACAGAAAAGAUUCUAAUUUAUGUCACGUGGACAUUCCCCAAACCUGGCCUGGAACCACCUGGGGGUCCCCUAGGAUCCUGAGCACAUAUCACAAGGACUGAAGGAAGAUUUUGGAAGAGUUGGUAUGUGCCAUCACCAGGAACUGGGAUCCCAGGACCCCAGACACCUGCUGCCCAGGGAGAGCAGCAUGGUGGAAGCCUUCUGCUCUGACCUCUCCCUCUGCUUUCCAGGCUGGAGCAGUCUCAGGGCACAGCCGAUGGUAGUGUGCCCGCCUCGACUACUGUUCGAACAGGGCCUCCUGGCCUCAUUCCAGGGGCGGGCAGCAUCAGCCCAGAGAGGCGCUGGGUUCCUCCCCGUUCACUGCAUUUAGAGUGGGACCUGGUGGAAACGCGGUGUCCUGGCUGUGCCCAGAGCAUCCCAGAGUCACCCUAGUGCCUCCUGCCCUGUUCCCUGGACACCCACACCAGCUUUUACCUAGUUUCCAGCCACCCCCAGCCAUCACCAAGCCUAGCCAUGCGUUGUGACACCAGUCAGGUGCUGUUUGGGGCCUGACCUUAAAACUGCUCACCCUUCACUCUGACAGCAGCCACUCAAAGUUAACCACAUGUGCCUUCCAGGAGACCAAAGGAAGGGGAGCUGUAGGCCAACAGGGGGAGGGGUUCCCUAGCACCCACAUAAAAUAGACGGAUUGACACCAGCCUGCCAUCCAGCACAGGAAGACUAGGCAAGGGGAUGAGGAGUUCAAGUUCAUUCUUGGCCAUACAGUGAGUUCACGGCCAGCCUGGGUUAUAAGAGACCUUAUCUCUCAAAACAAACAAACAAACAAACAAAAAAAACCUAAAAAGGAGCCAGGCACAGUGUCACACAUGUAUGGUCCCAGUACUCAGGAGACAGAGGCAGGUAGAUCUCUGUGAGUCUGAGGCCAGCCCGAUCUACAAAGCGAGUCCAGGACAGCCAAGGCUACACAGAGAAACCCUGUCUGAAAAGCAAGCAAGCAAACAAAAAACUUAAAAAGAAAGACAAAAUGUUAGGCCACAAGCAAAAGACCAUGGGAGGG